GGCCCAAUAUAAAGGAAUAGAAUCCUAUAUUAAAUUUGUCUCCCCAAAGUUUCUAUAGGCCGGUUGUCGACAUAAGAGUAGAGAGAGUAAAACAACUUAACAAUGGCUUCUCUCUCUCCUAAGUUCUUCAUGACUUCUACUAUCAUCUCCUCUCGUAGAGAAGAUGAAAAUGUGAAGAAAUCUUUAAGCCCUAGACGAAAUACAAUCGAUCAAAUAACACAUUCUAUGCACCCUGAAAAGAUAGAGAUAUUCAAAUCCUUGGAAAAUUGGGCAGAACACAACAUUUUGACACAUUUAAAGCCUGUUGAGAAAUGUUGGCAGCCUCAAGAUUUUCUUCCUGAUCCGAAUAAUUCAGAUGAUUUUUAUGAUCAAAUCAAAGAGCUUCGAGCGAGGGCGAAGGAGAUUCCAGAUGACUAUUAUGUUGUAUUGGUAGGAGAUAUGAUCACUGAAGAAGCUCUUCCAACUUAUCAGUCAAUGCUUAAUAGUUUUGAUGGAGUUUCAGAUGAGACGGGCGCGAGUCCAUCUCCAUGGGCUUCUUGGACCAGAGCAUGGACUGCUGAAGAAAAUAGACAUGGUGAUCUUCUUAAUAAGUACCUUUAUCUCUCUGGUCGUGUUGACAUGAAAGUCGUCGAGAAAACAAUCCAGUAUUUGAUUGGGGCUGGAAUGUAUGUUGGGCUUGAAAACAAUCCAUACAUGGGAUUCAUAUACACAACAUUUCAAGAAAGGGCGACCUUCAUUUCGCAUGGCAACACAGCAAGGCUUGCCAAACAGCACGGUGAUCUGAAGCUAGCGCAAAUCUGUGGCAUUAUUGCUGCAGAUGAGAAACGCCACGAAUCAGCGUACGCCAAAAUAGUGGAAAAGCUCUUUGAAAUCGAUCCAGAUACAACCAUUCUUGCUUUCGCGGACAUGAUGAGGAAGACGAUAACAAUGCCAGCUCACCUAAUGUAUGAUGGCCGUGAUGACAAUCUGUUUGAUCAUUUUUCUGCUGUUGCUCAACGGCUUCAAAUUUAUACAACAACUGAUUAUGUUGAUAUUAUGGAGCUUUUGGUAAGGCGUUGGGCAGUUGAGAAGCUCACUGGGCUCUCGCCAGAGGGGCGAAAAGCUCAGGACUAUUUGUGUAAUUUACCUUCAAGGUUUAGAAGACUAGAGGAGAGGACUCGAAAGAGGGCUAAAGAAGGGUGUUCUAUUUCUUUGAGUUGGAUCUUUGAUAGGCAAGUCAAGCUUUGACUUCUGAGUUCUUAUGGCCCAUUUGAUAGACCGUAAAAAUAAAUGCAAUAAAGUGCGUUAUGGUAAUUGUAAAUUUGUAAUAAAAAUAGGUUUAUCUCAAUGAUUAUUCAUAGUCCUUGUGAGUUGUGAGUUGUGAGUUGUGAGUUGUGAGUUGUGAGUUGUGAGUUGUGAGUUGUGAGUUGUGAGGUUCCCCUGUAUGUCCUUUCGGGAAAAUUGUCUAUUGACUAAUAAAAUGCAUUGAUCUUUGCCUUCAAAAGAAAAA